CAAUUGCCCCCUCUUUCCCCUCACUCCGUCCUGACUCCUGAGGGACCGAUUCACUCCCUCGCCAUUAGCAACAUUCAUGCUCAGGAGCCUCAGCCAUUCCUAACCCCUCUUUCACCCCAGCGCCACCCCCGAGGAUGUAGUCCAACCCUCACCUCCCUCAGCAUUUCCCAUGUGGCAGUUGAAGCUCAUCAGUCAAGUCCUUCCAGCAUUCGGGGUCCUGGCGAAGGAUUACUGCGAUCGCCUGGAGCAUGAGGAUCAAAAUGCAAAGCUGAGACGGGAUGCACAAGCAUGUUACUCAGACCUAGUCAGCAUUGGGCAGGCUGUAGCUCAAUCCAGUGGUGAAUGGAGCUAUGGUUUGGAAGAAGAAGAAGAAGACAUCAACAGGCUGCUUGAUGCGUUGGAGUCCCGCUUGCCAAAGCGGCGGUGGAACCCCUUCGACCUCAGCAUGCCUGGGCCAAGCCGGACGAAAAAUGAUAGCAGCCGGCCGGAACACUUCCCCCGGUUGAAUGCCCUGGCCUCUGCCAUCGAUUCGGAGGGGAUGGGAGGCUGGGGCGAUUGUUCCGAGCUGCCGAGUCUACCGCUCGCAGAAUGCAGGCUAUACCUGGGCUUCUUCAGCAGUAAAGUCCGUCUCUUCCACGAAACAGAGGAGCAAACUCCGGGCAAACGCGACAAGUUCUUGAACCGCGUGAGGCGUGCGACAAUACUCCUCCUCAGCGUCUACUACAGGUCUCAUUCGCAUACAGAAGCCGGGAGCAGCCCCAGCCUUUCCACACAUUCUAGCCGCGGUGCCAGAGAGGCAGCCAACAAAGUUUACAGUCUCCUGGAGCGACACUGGAAGUGCAGUUGUCCCAAGCGAACUCCCCAGCGAGACCUCAAGGUGAUCCGAUCAAGGGAGGUGAGGGUUAGCCUGACAAGAUGCUGCCCGAUCAUCCCGCACACGCAAUCAUUCGAGGUCCUCUUUCCGGUGUGCAAUAGCAGUCCAGGGUGGAAACAGACCAACGUCGAGGUCAAGCAUUCCAGAACUCGUCGUGACUCCAAAUCGGACCGAGAGGCCGUCGAAAAGGACAUUUGUUGGCGGCUUAGACGUAGCCAUGAUGUCCAGGUGGACUUUUUGGCCGAGAACGACCGGUUGUGGCACCUUACGCCAAGACCUAUGGACGACACUCAAGACCACCUCCAAUCUAUGGAAACACUCAACCGGCUGCUAGAGUAUGGGGUGACAGGUUCCUUCACUGAGACAUAUACUCCCAAGGAACAGCUCCUGCUUUGCUACUCCCUGUCCAACUCAUUGUUGUGCUUCUACCCGGGCUCUUGGCUGCAGACGGCCUGGAGCAGCAGCAACGUCUACUUUCCGCAGAUGAUGGGAAAUCGCUCUCGCUGGGACCUAAACUUCCCCUACCUGUCUGUGGAACUCGCAAAACUUGACAACAUGUCAACACGCCAGCCACACCUCCAAGCACACAAGCACCCAGUCAUACUGGCCCUUGGAAUCAUCUUCCUCGAAAUCGUCACUGGUGCCCGGUUUUCGAGAUCCGAAUUCCCAAAUCAGUGUGACCGCUGGAACAGGGACCAAUUCGAAGCCCGGAAGCUGCUGCGUAGCCUAGAGGCUCACGACAGGCGAGGUGGUGGAAAAAAACUCACGUCUGGACUCACGGACGCUAUCCGCGCCUGUUUGGAUCUUGAACCACCACCUAGUUUGCUAACACCCAAGCAGCUUUCCGAGGAGGGGCCAAUCCGACAGUAUAUACUUUCCUAUAUAGUUUAUCCAUUGGAGCGAGAGCUCGUAUAUGGUUAUAAUGUACUGCCCGAAGUCACCGAUCCCCAGGUUCCCCCAGACAACAGACGCAGACUGCAGAUAGCCACUGGUCAAAAGCGGACAAGUCCCCAGCCAUCAUCACCGACCAAACAUGUUUCUGGCUCAAAGAUCAAUGAAGGACGGCCUGGACCCACCGAUCGCAGACAACACGAUCUGAAUGCUCAAUUCUUCGAUGGCUUUGACGAGCCCGAUGCAGGCAAGUGUAUCUUAUACGAGAAACGGAAAGGCCAAUUCGAAGAGGUCAGAAAACUCUUCUUCGACAGAGUCGGCGAAAAUCCUCAGGACACCACGCCUGUGAAGAUCGCCGUGUUGGACACCGGUAUAGAUCUCGACCAUGACGACAUAUUCGCCGUGGAAGAGCGGAUCAAAAAGAAAUACAACUGGGCGGAUACAGGUCUCCCCGGCGAUGUGACAGAUCAUGACGGACACGGAACAUUCGUCGCAAACUUACUUCUCCAGUAUGCGCCCAACGCCGAGCUUUACGUGGGAAAGGUCGCUGGUGGCUUGAAGCCACCGUCUCAGUGUCUGCUCGCGAAGGCCCUUGAACACGCUGUCGAGGAGUGGGAGGUCGAUAUCGUCUCCAUAUCGAUUGGCUAUCCAAAUGCUGAAGAAGGGAAAUGCGAGCCUGGGACCUGCGAAAAGCCGGAGGACUGCAAGAUACUCAAGAACGUCAUCUUUGUGAACAGCAAACGCGUCCUCAUAUUUGCCGCGGCAUCGAACGACGGCGCCAACCAGGGGCUGGCGUAUCCCGCCUCCGACUACAAAGUCAUCGGCAUACACUCAACCUCAGGCUAUGGGGAAAAAUCCAAAUUCAGUCCCGCUGCGGAAACUAGUCCGGCUAUCGCCACGCUAGGCGAGGCAGUCGAGUCGACGUGGCCUAGCCACUUUUUUACCGACCCGGACGUGCCGAGGGUCAAGCACAAAUCCGGCACAUCAUUUGCGACACCCAUCGCGGUCGGUAUGGCAGCCAACCUCAUUCGGUAUGCCCGGGUUCAUCUGGGCAGCGAGACGGCCCAGAAGAUGAAGGACAAAGAUAAGAUGAAGAGUGUACUUGAAAGCAUCGCGCAGGAGAGUAGGAAAUCCAAGAAGCCGGAUCCGGACGGCUACGUCAAUGUCCACUUCAGCACGCAUCCCCAUAAUUUUUUUGGCCAGGGCGAGGAUGAGGUGCACAGGAAACUCAAGGAAUUACUCUCUCAAUGAUAGACCACUGGGCCAGGGAUGAUAAGGGAGCAGGAAAUCGUACUUUGUUUAGUUCUCAGUUUGUGCGCAUUCCACGCCUGAAGAGAUAUUUUGCGCAGUACCAAACCUAAAUUGGGAAUUGUGUGGCAGUUCUCUUCUACCAGGCAUUUUGCAAGAUGUGGCCCCUCACUCCACCUGCCCG